UCUUCCGCCACGUCACUUGGUCAGUAAGAGGAAUGUGAGAUAGUGCGUACGCUGUAUAGCGUGAUAGCUGCCGCCUACUAUAGGACCAUUACACUAACCCCGAGCUGUAGUCCUUGGAGCGCCCGGAUCCAACACUCCACUGCCGCGAUUCCAAAGCGGACAGCCAUGGCUGUAUAGCAGCGGCCAGCGGCCCCCUCCCUCCCCAGGCCAGAGCGAGGCAGCAGCACCCAGCGGCGCUGGCAGCACUAGGCAUCUGCAUCAACAUGGCGCUUCUCAAGGUAUCCCGCAGCAGCUUUGCUGUUUAUGAGAAAGAAAACACAGAAUCCACCUUCUACCUUAAAGUUCUGCUACCUGAAAAAGAUGAGUCUGUUAAGCGACAAACUGUUGUUGGGGGACUUUCUGUCCCCCUUCAACCAGUCGUUUUUGGCGGCUGAUGAAAGUUUGGGUCUCUUGGAUGACUGCAUAGAGGUGCCCGGGUACCUCCCAUCACAUGGGUUGUCCAGCCGAAAGGCUAAAAAUGGUCUCUCUGAACUGCUGCCUUUGGAUGAAUCCUUUGGCAGUUUCAAGGGGGAUGCCUUCUCUGGCAUGGAUUGGAUGGUGGAAAAAAUGGACCUGAAAGAGUUUGAUUUUGAUUCCCUGCUUGGGAUGGAAGAUCUAGAAUCCACCGUCUCACCAGAUGAGCUCAUGGCCACGUUGGAUGACUCGUGUGAUCUCCUAGAGGACCCACCUCUCCCAAUGGUAGAUGGCCAGUAUGUGCCAUCACCAGCCCCAAUCUCUCUUCCAAAAUAUCCACUGGAGGCUGAUCAAGUGGCACCAGUCAGCCCAAAUUUAAUUGAGACCCAAGUGUCUAGCCCAGACCAUUCCUUUAUCUUAGAUGUAGGGAGUGUAGUAGUUGUUGCUGAGGAAGAUGACAAAAUCUCUGCAACAUAUACACUUGAAGCUCUAAAAUGUGAAAAGGAAGAUUCCUCAGAUAAUGAUAGUGGCAUUUAUAUGAGCCCAUCUUAUCUGGGGUCUCCUGAGCAAAGUCCAGAACUUACGAUAGAGUACCCGAGUAGUGCCCAAUCCUCGCCUGCGUCCCCUGUCUCUGAGAGACCCAAACCAUAUGAUCUUCCCCCGAAGGAUAGAGAAGUCUUGGCAAAGGUAAAAGCUGUAGGGCAACCCAAAGUAGACAAGAAAACGAAAAAAAUGGAGCAGAACAAGACAGCAGCCACUCGCUACCGGCAAAAGAAGAGAGCAGAGCAAGAGGCAAUAUCUGGAGAGUGCCGAGAACUAGAACAGAAAAAUGAUGCCCUAUCUGAGAAAGCAGAGUCUCUAGCAAAAGAGAUCCAGUAUUUGAAAGACCUGAUAGAAGAAGUCCGCAAGGCCAAAAGCAAACAAGCAAAAAGUUCUUAACUUGGGUGGAAGUUGGGAGUGUUGUGUAUUGUUGUACAUAUAGGUUACAUGGUUGUUAAGCAGUGUGUAGGAAUGUCUACUUAAUAAAUUAUUUUAUAGUUAAA